UCCUCUCUCUCUCUCUCUCUGUCCAUCGCCUUCACUUUCUGCGCGAAGAAAAGACAUUGUCCAUUUAUUGUGUUUCUCUCUUCAUUUUCUUUCUCCAAUGUCUUAUUAAUGGUUUUGAUCUUCCAACCAGAUCUUCUCUAUCUCUUCGACAAACCCUUUUUUCUGGGUUCUUCGGAGAGGUAAUAACAACAACAAACAACAACCCGAAAAAGAAAAAAAAAAGGUCUUUCCUUUUUUCAUUUUUAGUUUUCUUCGCCAUGCCUUUGCCUUGGAAGAAAUCGAAAUCGGGUCGGAUCUCGAGAUUCGUAUCGGACCUCCAACAAUCUCCAAAACACGGCGGAUCUCUCGUCGUCGAAACUGGAUUCCCAACUUCUCUAAUCGAUCUCUUCGUUAAGAAUCGCGAUCGUCUCAAGAAAUCUUCUGCAAAACGCAACAACAAUAACAACAAAGCUCAGGCUCAAACCGCUUCGAAUCAUCCACAUCCGCAACGACGGCACGUUUCGUCUCCGCCUCCUCCUCCUUUGCAGCGGCGGAGGUCGCUUCCUCUGAAGCUUGAUCCACCGUCGGUUACGGAAGAUCCCGCGGCGAGCAAGAUCGAGGACAGUUUCGUCGCUGGCGGUGGCGGUGGCUCAACCGCUGAGAAAAGACACGACGGUGACGACGACGGCGCCGGGAACGGAAGUAAUCGCGGCGGAGGAGGAUGCGUUUUGAUGGUGGUGGUGCUUAAGGUUUUCGUGGUGGCUGUGCUCGCAUUGAGCACGAAAAGGCUCGCCGUUGGAAUCACUAUCUCCGCCUUCGCGUUACUCUUCCUCGAGCUCGCGGUGGCGCGUGUAUUCACGCUCCUUAAUCUCUGCCCCGGCGCGCAGGUUUGGCUCGAUUCGUUGAUCGGAAAGCUCAUAGGGAAGCGGCGACAAGAGAAGUCCUUAGAAGAAUCAUCAUCGACCCACGAGAGAAAGAAGAGUGUUUCUUUUGAAAUCGUCGAAAGUUUCGAAGAAUCCAAGGAUUGCAUUGAGGAAAUCCGAGUUCCUAAACGGAGAAGAAACCGGGAUUCGUCGACGACAUUGGAUAAGGCAGAGGAGAGAGAGGUGCAGACAAUUAGAGAUGUGGUGUUUAAGAAGGAGAAGAGUAAAAGCGCGAAAUUGAAGUCGAAGAUUGUGAAGAAGAUUGUGCCGAAGAAGUUGAGGAGUUAUAAGAAGAAGAAGAAGAUGAAGAUCAAAGAAAAAGAAGAAGGGGAAGAGGUAGAGUUAGUUGAAGAAGAAGAAGGAGGAGAAGAAGAAGAGUCUGUGACGGAAGCGUCCAGCUUGUUUUCUGAGGAGAGAAUCGAAAGUGAGAUCUCUGAGAGAGACGAUGUAGGUUCGAAUCCGCCAUUGCUGGAGAGUUGUGAAGAGAUUAUUGAAGAAGAAGAAGGAGAAGAAUCUGAAUCAAAAGGGGAUCUAACGAAAGCGAUGGUUCUGAUAGUGAUUGUUCUUACUGGAUUGUUAAGCGGGAAAGUCUUUGCUAUUGGUCUGACACUCUCUUGGUGUCUGAUUCUGAGAGUUGUCUGCUGCAAAUCUCAAACCAGUCUCUGAAGUCUGAACCAAAAAAAAAAGCCUUUGGGAAUUUUGUUGUUGUUGUUGUCUGUUUCCGUGGCAGUGGUGGGCCCUGCAUAUCGCCGUUAGUUACUGACGGUGACGGUGUUGACGGAGGUGUUGUUGGGUGGGUUGGCAGUAAGCUACAAUUGUUUGCUUAUGAAACUGUAAAUUUUUUAAAAAAACUUAUUUAACAGAGAAUGUUGUUAUUAUAUGAUGGUCAAAGAGUCAAAGUUGUUGUUUAAUGUGAAGGAAAAAAAAAGUAAUUAAUAUAGAA